GUUGCAAAGAUUGUGUCAUUGUUUCACAGCUCCAAGUUUCAAGCUCACCAACACAGUCAAAAGAUUAUAAUAGUGAAAUUCUGUGUUCUUCCGAAUAUCUUUGAGUGAAAGGAUAUCAAAGUCGGUCCCGGGACAAGAAAACCAGCUACCAGACAUCUGCAGAACACUGAGCUCUUUGUCCACUAUAAUGAGUUCUGUGGGGGUUUCCUCACUGGGAGCCUCUGAGGGCAGUAGUGAUAAAAUAGUGAUAAAUGUCGGAGGGGUAAAACAUGAGACCCACAAGAGCACCCUAAUGACCCUUCCGGCGUCCCGUCUUGCCCAGCUGGUGGACACUGAGAAGCCUCCUUCAGAGCUGUUUUUCGAUCGCCACCCUGAAGUCUUCAGUCACGUGCUGCAGUAUUAUAGAAGCGGGAAGCUGCACUACCCCACCAACUUGUGCAGUGUGAUGCUGGAAGAGGAGUUUGAUUUCUGGGGAAUCAGCGGCACAGACGUGGAGCCCUGCUGUUGGGCGGCUUUUCGACAGCACAGAGAUGCCGUUGAAGCUUUGGCUCAGAUUGACCCUUCAGUGAUGGAGAAUGACCAAUCCGGCCACACUAGAGCAUGGCAGCCGAAGAUAUGGGCUCUCUUUGACAACCCGCUUUCAUCCGCUGGCGCCACGGUCACUGCGGUCGUAUCUCUGUUCUUCAUCCUGCUCUCCAUCACUGCAUUCUCUCUGCAGACAUAUCGGGCUAUAAAUCCUCACCAAAUGUAUGUGGUAUCGGCAGACAACUCGAGCGAGAAUCACAUCGAGAACCUCUCUGCACUGCCCAGAGUUCUGGAUGCUGUGGAAUUAGUCUGUUCGCUGUGGUUCGUGUUUGAGUUUGUGACGCGUGCUGUCAGCUGCCCGAGCAAACUGAGCUUCAUCAUGAACGUUAUGAACAUCGUCGACGUGCUGGCCCUGUUCCCCUGGUUCUUCCGCUGGUGUUCAGGGUGGUUCUGCAUUCAGGCAUUGGGCUUUCUGCAUGUAAUGCGAUGCAUUCGCGUCCUUCGCGUCUUCAAGCUGAUGCAGCACGUGUUCAGUGUGAGAGUUCUCGAACACACACUCCGCGCCAGUGCGACGGCUCUCUGCACGGUUCCUCUCAUACUCUUCAGCUGCACGCUCAUCUUCGGUACGAUGGCUUAUUACGCAGAAUUCGAACAAAUUCAUAUGAAUUUUGUUGACAUUCCCAUCAGUUGUUGGUGGGCAGUGAUCACACUGACCACAGUGGGUUAUGGAGACAUGUAUCCCGUAACAGUUCAAGGCAAGUGUGUAGCCAUUCUCUGUGCAAUGGUCGGGGUUCUGCUCAUCAUCCUGCCUGUGCCCAUAAUCAUCAACAACUUCAUCAAGUUCAACUCCCUGCUCAAGACAAAGUAUUCAAUGCCUAAAAGGAAGGAGAAGAGAGUCCAUGCGACCCCCACAUCUACCGCUUAG